AAUCAAGCGCGCAAGCAGUUUAGUAAGCGUGCGUAUGCAAAGCGCAAAAACUCUCUUCCUAGCUCCCCUGCUUUUGUACAUAUACAAAUAGUUGCAAAGGCGCCCGGCGUAGCAAUCAGCUGUUACAACUUACAAGUGGUGUGUUACAAUACAGUCGCGUUUAAUUAGUAGUUGUGAAGGUGCGGUCGAUGUGUCGCAGCAGCUUCAAGCUGUGGAGGGCGAUGGUGAGGGUGCACUCCGCGACGCAGGGGCCCGCCGCCGCCUCUGAUCAGCCAGCGGCGGCGGCGGCGCGGUCCCAGCUGGCGGGAAGCGAGCAGCCGGAGGUGUUCACCAUCUGGAUGAAGUCGCUGGUGCUCAACGGCAGCGGCUGCACCGUCUACGACUCCGCCGGGAGCAUCGUCUACCGCGUCGACAACUACGGCGCCCGCCGCGCCGCCGACGUCUGCCUCAUGGACCUCGCCGGCAACGUCGUCCUCCAGAUACUCAAGAAGAAGCUUGGGUUCGGGAGGAGGUGGGAGGGGUACAGGUGGAGCGACCAGGAGCAGGAACUGCGGCGGCGGCCGUGGUUCAAGGUGGCCAGGGCGUGGGCGUGGCGCGGGCCGUCGCGCUGCACCUGCGAGCUCAGUGGCGACGGCGCCGGCCUCGACGCGGCGGCGACCGUGCGCUACAGGAUGGACGACGGGAGGAUCGCGUUGUCUCGCGGCGCCCGGAUCGUGGACGGCGCCACGGGGCUCGCCGUGGCCGAGGUGAAGCGGAAGACGACGGCCGCGGGGGUGGCGCUGGGCGCCGACGUGCUGACCCUGGCGGUGGAGCCCGGCGUGGACCGGUCCAUCAUCAUGGGGCUCGUGCUCGUGCAUGGCCUCAUCAACCGCGCCAUGUGAGGCACCGAUCGAGAAGAUGAUCAUUCAGCUGGAUGAACGCUACUAACUACAGUGUAUAUGCAGAAGAGGAGACCGCUCCCCAUCGGUUUUGUUCUGCGUUUCGACCUCCCAAUCAGAGAUAAGAGGAGACCGCUCUCAAUCGCUACUAACUAUACAGUAUGACAGGAGAGUGAUUAUGUGUAAUUAGCCUCUUAAUCAGAGAUAAGUCUUGUUUAUUUUGGUACUUCUUUUUGGAGGAUUGGUCCUGCAGUUAUUCA